AUGCGACAGCUGCGGAACCUACAAUUGUCAAAUGUCUACGCUAAUGUGCAUCUAAAGCAGGACUGGAGCCUGCUGGUGGUGAUUACGGUAUGCUCAGUGGCCUACGGGUUAGUGCCUGCUGUGACAUCAAUCCUCACGGGCACGGUUUUUAACCUUUUACAACAGCCCGCUGCCCGUGAGUUUGGGUCUGUUAAUGCACUCAUGCACGAGCUGGCGUUGAGAAGCAUGGCUAUACUAGCCACGGGUAUUGCGUCCAUUCCGCUUUGCUGGCUCUCGGUCUCGGCAUGGAUGAGCCUUGGUGAAAGACAAGCGUUCCGGCUGCGCAGAAAAAUGCUACAAUCAUACCUCGAUAAGAGUAUGGCUUGGUACGAUGCAAAUGAACAGAUCUCUGGUGACUUCACGCAGCUGAACCGGUGCGUUGAGGAACUUCGCUCGAGUUCCGCCGAAUCUUCCGCAAUCGUCUUUCAAAACGUGGUCACAGUUGCUGCACUCCUCGGAAGUGCUCUGUACUACUCUUGGUCACUCACGUUAAUUAUCAUGGCAAACUCACCGCUAGUAAUUGGGUUUGCUGUCUUCUUUUCACGGAAAGUCGAAAAGUAUGCAAAGCGCGAGAAUAGUGAAACUUCAAGCGCAGCGGACGCCAUGGCGUGGUCUCUGGAUGCCGCCAAGAUGGUACGGCUACUGGGUACGCAAGACCGCGAAUUGGCGAGGUUUGAGGCUUGCGUUCAAAAGUGUCGCCAACAUUUUAACAAGAUGUCUUUGUUCUCCUCCUUGAACUACUCCGUCUUACGCUUCCUUACGCUUUGCAUGUUUGUGCAGGGGUUUUGGUACGGUAACUCUCGUAUAAACAUCGGGAAACUCAAGCCAGGUGACGUUGUAACUUGCUUUUCCUCGUGUGUCCUUCUCGCGAGCACCUUGAAUAGCACUUUGCAUCAGAUCAUAAUAUUACAGAAGGGAGCGGUAGGACUUCAAAAAAUUAUGGCUUUUGUGAACUCCCGCGAUGCCAGCGAAAGUCAGAAAAACAAGGUUGAGAUUUCUUUUAGGCGCCUGCCUCUUUGUUGGGAGCGUGCUUCAAUAACGUUCCAAAACGUCCAUUUUGCGUACCCAACAAGACCUGAUGACUUUGUGUUGAAAGGAGUUAGCCUGGAUUUUCCUUCUGGAGAAACCACUUUCGUCAUUGGGAAGUCGGGUUCGGGAAAAUCAACAAUAGGCAACCUCUUACUCGGGUUUUAUGGAAUAGGAUCUGGGACUAUUAAUGUUAACGGCCAAGAUGUUAAGGAAAUUAAUCAAAGUGAACUUGCGCGCAACAUAAUGCUUGUUGAACAAACCACCUCGUUGUUCACUGAAACUCUAGCAAACAAUGUCACCAUUGGGGAAGCUGGUGUUGAUGACGACGAAAUCCGCCUUAAACAAGCAUGCCAAAUGGCAAUGUUAGGAAACAUAAUUAGAGACCUUGCAAAAGGUUUAGAAACAACGAUCGGUUGCUCAGGCUUAGAUCUCAGCGGCGGAGAGCAGCAAAGGGUUGCACUUGCCAGAGCUUACUUCAGAAACGCUCCAAUCUUGAUACUCGAUGAGGCUCUCAGCGCUCAAGACCGGAUACACAAGAGUCUGUUAAUGGAAGCUAUUAGAAAAUGGAGAGCAGAUAAGACUACAAUAAUUUUGACCCAUGAGCUUAGUGACAUAUUGGAUACGGAUUAUGUUUAUGUUAUGAGCGACGGCCAAAUAAGGGAGCACGGUUACAAAAGCGGGUUGCUUUCGAAUCCAAAAUCUGAAUUUUCUAAUCUUCACAGGUUUCAAGCCUGUGAUGACGACUUCGGGGAUGUAGCUACGCUUGGUGAUGGUACAUCACAAAUAGUGGACCAAAAGCUCGAGGGCGUUCGCACUGACGUAGAAGAGCUGUACUCGGAAUUAGGGUCGCCGUCGACGUUGCGGACAUGUUGCGUUCCUGAGUCUGACUACCAUCCAGUUACUUCCCAUGCAUUGAGAAGUUCGGUGGACCUACUUCAAUCUAGUAUUAUGAUGCCACACCGAACACGAAGGGUUGCAAAGACCAAGGAAAGAGUAGAUGCAACCGAACUCGGCCCGUUACCAACUGUUCCGGAUAUCGAAAAGGGCCAAACGGAACCAAGUCUUUUGCCCCUGAGAGAUAUCAUUAAGCAGUUCUUUAUCAAUUCACGACAGAAAAGGCUGCUUGCUGUGGGUGGAACCUCCGCUUUGCUUGCAGGUGUCGCUAACCCCUUAUUCUCCUACACGUUUUCUAAACUAUUGAGUGGGAUAGCCUCUUCCAAUGCCUACCCUGCAACUGGGAGGCGAUCAACUAAAUGGUCACUAAUUGUGCUUUCUGUAGCACUUUUAGAUUCAACCUUCACUUUCCUGAAAUGUUUUACUUUAUCGAAGUGCGGCGAGAACUGGAUUAGGGCCCUGCGUCUCAGAGCUUUCAAAAAUAUAUCAAACCGAGAACUCGCUUGGUUCAACAGUGAACAGAAUAGUACGUCAAACGUGUCGUCUUUAGUCAUCAAUGACCUAAGAGAUUUGCGAGCCCUGGCUUCCGAGUUUCUGGCUGCCGUUACAACUUUGGUUGUGGUCUCGUUUUGCGGGUUAAUUUGGGCAUUAGCAUCGGGUUGGAAGUUAAGCUUGGUGUGUAUUUCCUUAAUACCUGCCUUCAUAUUGUUUACUGGAGCCUACGGUGGGCUGUUACAGAAGUGUGAGGCUAAUUAUAAGAGCGCUGUCGCUAGCAUGGAAGACCAGCUUUACAGUGCGGUAAGAAGAAUUAAAACAAUAAGGUGCCUACAAGUCGAGGAAAGGGUAAUUAAAGAAUACGAGGUUCUUGAAGGGAAGGCAAAACUCGCUGGGAGAAAAAGAGCCUUGGGCACUGGAUUCGGAGUUGCCCUGUCGAACGCUCUCACUCUUAUCACACAGUCAAUACUCCUGUAUUAUGGAAUGAAGCUGGUAAUUACAGGGGAGUAUAGCAGUGAAAGGAUGUUUCAAACCCUUACGUUGCUUCUUUUCACAAUAAUGACUUGCAUGUCUCUAAUAGCUCAAAUCCCAGAAAUAAGCAGGGGCCAGAGAGCAGCCACAUAUUUGUUCAGGAUACUAGACAGCGAAACGCAAUUCGCAGACGCUAAUUUAGAAGGGGAGAGCGCCCUGACUAGCCGGGGGUGUUCAAAUGAAGCUUUAAUUUUCAUCAAAGACCUCAGAUUUUCCUAUUCUUUCCUCAACAAUCCUAUGGUAUACCGAGGUUUGAACCUUAGUGUAAAAGCAGGCGAAACCGUGGCUUUGGUCGGUUUAUCUGGUUCAGGGAAAUCCACUCUUUGGCACCUAAUAACGCGUUUGUAUCGUGUUCCAAGCGGAAGCAUCUGGUUUGAUGGCUUAGAUGUCAAUGAAUGGGAAGAAUGGGCACUCAGGAAACGGAUUGCAGUAGUUGAGCAAAGGCCAAGUCUUUUCAGAGGGUCAAUUUUUGACAAUUUAACCUAUGGGCUGUCCACAAGUGUCGAUGAAAGGGAAAUUCGAGAGCUUUUGGAACUAGUGGGCAUGAUGGAUUUCGUUAAUUCGAACCCAUUAGGUCUACAAUCAUUUAUUGAUACAGAUGUUUUAUCCGGAGGUCAGUUACAGAGAUUAGCUAUAGUGAGAGCACUGUUGCGAAAGCCUCAACUCUUGGUCUUGGAUGAAUGCACUUCCGCCCUCGACGCACAGCACGGUUUCAUUAUGUCGGAGUUUGUAAGACAAGGAUCACAAUCGACCACAACUCUUGUCCUUACACACAGUGAACAAAUGAUGCGUGCAUGCAAUCGUAUCUUAACUUUCGCCAAUGGCAACAUAAUAGAAGAUGGGUCAUUCGAAAGGCUUUACAGUCAAAAAGGAGAAUUAUUCAAAAUCCUCUCUAGUUGUUCUGAAUAG